GUUUUGUCGAAAAGCAAAACAAAAGCAAAUCGUGACCCGUCUCCUCAAAAACCGAACAACAUCUAAUUGAAAACCUGUCUGAAAUGGUUAACAAGAAUCAGCAGAACCUCUUCCUCGUCGGAUCUCCCUACGAGAUCGAUAAGAUCAAACGAGCCGAAACCUCCCAACAAGCCGGAGCUAUUGCCGGAGCUAAAGCCGCCGCCGUUGCUGCCGUGGCUAGUGCGAUUCCAACGUUAGCUGCGGUUCGUGUGUUCCCAUGGGCUAAGGCUAACCUCAACUACACUGCUCAAGCUCUCAUUGUAUCUUCAGCAUCGAUUGCUGCGUUCUUUAUAACUGCGGAUAAAACUAUUCUACAAGGUGCAAGGAGAAACACUGAGGCUCAGUUGAAGAAAGCUCAGCAAGAAUCUAAGUAAAUUUUCUUUUUUCAUCAUCAUCAUGUAAACUCAAUCUGUGACACACAUCUUUCUGGCUUCUCUGUAUGCAUUUUGUUUUGAUUCAGAAUAAAGAGAUGUAACAAGUUUUUAAAGACCAUUUUCAUUCACUUAUUCUCAGCAUGAAGACUUGUCUUGUUUAGUUGGAUAAUACUCCUUUCCUUCCACUAUGAUUAGAUGUUUUAGAAAGAAAAUUUG